AUGGAUUCCGGGGGUAGACUAUACAGCAAAGUGGCAAUUGUCACCGGAGGUGCCGGGACUUUGAAACUGGCAUUUUCCAAAAACUUCUCCUUUGCCUCAAACCCAGCAGUCAUCGCUCUCCAAGCCGAUGUCGCUGCCGAGGACGGCUGGGAGCGCAUUCUGAAGUUUCCUCUACACACGUUUCAGCGUCUGGAUAUCGUUGUAAAUAAAGCCGGCGUGAAUCCUGGCGCUUGCGCCACCAUUGACACCGCCGAAGCGGACUACGACCGCAUGAUGCGGGUGAAUGUCAAGGCGCUGUAUUACAGUGUUAUAAUGGUCGUUCCCUUCUUCCUCCAGUCCAACCGCGAGGUCGGAUUUAUUAAGGUCUCGAACAUCCCAGCCUCGCGGCCCCGACUGGGCGCAGUCUGGUAUGCUGCAAGCAAGGCAGCUCUGACCACGGCCAACCGGGGAUUGGGGCUGGAAUGGGCUCCCCAUCAUGUGCAGUUCAAUUUCGUGCAGCCGAUCCUAGGCGACACGCCAAUGUUAACAAUCCCAAUGCGUCGAUUAACAACACCGGCAGACAUUGGAAACACCGUAGCUUGGUUGUCAAGUGAUGAGGCGACGAUGCUGACGGGGGCAGUGGUCGUUUUGGAUGGCGUUCGCGGAAUAUGGGGUAACGUAAAGGAGAUACUUUAG